AGAAAUCUCGGUGCUGGCGGAUGCCUGGACCGUACUAGCUAAAAGUUCUUGAAUCCUUGAUAGAAGUGGAAAAAAACAUCACGAGUUUUUACAAAGAGAAUAUAAUCACUACGUUCAAAUUUUAAAAAAUUACAUUGUUUUUUGUGAAUUGCGAGAAUUCAAGUGAUAAAAUCAUGGCUAACUGGGGAGCAAUUGGUUCAAUUAUAUUGCCUAAUGUAGGAGGGUGGGCUAAUGGGUUAUACUUUGCGGGCCAAAUCCGCAAAGAUGAGAAGAAGGCCUGGUAUGAUGAACUAAAGAAACCCUCAUGGAAUCCUCCCAAGUGGGUGUUUGGACCAGCCUGGACCACUCUGUACUGUGGAAUGGGCUAUGCAUCAUACUUGGUCUAUGAAGAAUGUGGUGGCCUCACAGAGGAUGCUGUAUUGCCUCUAUCAUUGUAUGGUGGUCAGCUUCUACUGAACUGGGCGUGGACGCCCAUAUUCUUUGGCCUUAAAGACUUUAAAUUGGCGUUCAUAGAGAUAUCAGUAUUGGGCGGCGCUGCUAUCGCCACGACGGUGUCUUUCGCCAGAGUGAACAAGACUGCGGCCGGCUUGAUGCUGCCUUACCUGGCGUGGCUGGCGUACGCCUCGUCCCUCUCAUACUACAUAUGGAAGAACAACCCCAAAACGGAGGAUAAGAAGGAAUAGAAUGCACCUAAAAUCAACCAGAAUCAAAAAUAUAGACACGGAGCCAGUGGUAAAAUUUGCCUUAGUAUUCCUCUCGUAUGAUGAGAGUAAAUGUUUCUUCGACUUGAUUAAUACUAUAUUAUUAAAAUUAAGGUAUUUAAUGUGCAAUAUGGAUAAAGUGUAAGUUUGUUAUUGGUUUAUUUUGGAAUAUUUAAUUUUGUUUACUAUAUUGAUAAUACUUAAAAGCACAAAAUAUUAUAAAAAAGUUAUCAACAGUAUUGUAAGUCUAAGUGUCCUUGUACUUCAUUCCAAUGUUGCAUUUAGUGUAAGUAGUUAUAGUCUUCAGCUCUUUGACUAAACGUAAGCUUUUUAGCUAUUUAUGUGAAAUCCUUAUAUUUAUCGUACUUUAUUAGAUAAUAAAUACUUUACUGA